AUGCUUAGCAUCUUUGUGUCUCAGUUUCUCAUCUGUAAGCUGGCCAGGCCCCCAUACCCAGUCUCCCAAGACCCCAAACUAGAGAUUCUGCAGGUCCGCCCUGGUGCUGGGCACAGUGGAGCCUGGAUGGCAGCUUGUCUCCUGCAGCUGCCUCUAAGGCUGCUCCUGCUGGGGAUGGCUGCCCUGACCACAUCUGCCGUGGAUACAGCCGAGCUGGUGGCCGCGUGCGGCGGGACGUGGCGCGGGGACGCGCUGCUGCUGCGCUCCCACGCCGCCUCGCGCAGCUUCUACUUCGUGACUCCGGACACGGACUGCGGGCUGUGGGCGCGGGCGGCAGCCCCAGGCGACAGGAUCCGCUUCCAGUUCCGCUUCUUCCUGGUCUACAGCCUGGAGCCCGCCAACGCCUCCUCCUCCGCGCCGCCCGCCCAGCCCUGCGCCCCCGGCUCCUUCCUGCAGUUCUACGAGGGCCCGCCGGGGGCGCCCCGUCCCCUGGGGGCUCCGCUCUGCGGCCUGACCAUCCCCGCCCUGGUCACAUCCUCCGGACCCUUCCUAGGCCUGCGCCUGGUCACCAGAGGCCGCCAGCCCCGAGUGGACUUCGUGGGAGAAGUCACUUCUUUCCGGCUGGGGCCUUGUGGCACCUACUUCCACUGUCGGAAUGGCAGGUGCAUCCCUCUGAACUUGGUGUGUGAUCGCUGGGGCAUGGACAACUGUGGCGACAGCAGUGACCAGAGCCCCUGGCCACCAGCCAACUGCAGAGGUCCCUCUCCACUGCCCAAUCAGACGGGGAGCACAGAUGACGACACCUCUGAGCCCCUGACUCCCUCCCCAACUCUGGAGACUACUGGCUCUCUCCAGACAGCAGCUCAGAGGAGUCUCCCAGCAGGCUGGGACACUGCCCAACAGAAUUUGGAAGGUAGAUGGCUCUUAGUGACAACUUGCUCCUACUCUUUCACUGAAAUCAUACUUGUCCCUGUCCAGGAGAUGGGGUCGGGGCAGCAGGCCCAGGAUGAGGCUGAGUGGACUCUUUCCUCCUGCAGAGUCUCAGUUCGGGGGAUGGCGCUGGCCUCCUCACUGCUCCUGGCCUCCACUGGCCUCCUCAUGGGCCUCCUUUGGUGCUGCUGCUCCCCCAGUCGGCCGGUCUGGAAACCUUGGGCCAUUAGCCUCAGCCUCAAAUGUGGUGCAGCCUGUAACAUCUGCUAUCUGUGUCCUGCCCGGGUUGCCCCUGGUAGGGCUGUGGCCUAGC